AGACAAAAUCGUUCAACAGAACUGCACAGCACUUUUCUCUUAGCUAGUAUUUUAUUUAACAUUUUGCUUUUGUCGAAUUUGUUUGCGCGUUGUUUGUUUACGUAGGUACUAGAACUGGAUAAGUUUUAUGAAGAUGGUGACAUGUCUAAAAAUUAAUGGAUUUAAUGAAUUCGUUGAAUAUGCAGAAAACAUCAAUAGCGAUGGCCCACCGGUUUUCUUCUAUUUCACUGGCGAUAAGUUACCGGAUGGUCAGAGUUGGUGUCCGGAUUGUAAUGUAGCGGAGCCAAUUGUAAAAGCUUACUUGGAAGAGCUGAAGAAGAGUGUUAUAUUUGUCUUUGUUCAAGUUGGCGAUCCAACUACGUGGAGGGACAGAGCAUGUCCAUUCAGAACGGACGCGCGCACAAAACUACUGGUGAUUCCCACCAUUAUAAAGUGGAAAGGAGUUCAGAGGCUGGAGGGUGAGCAGUGCGCUAAGAGAGAUCUUCUCCAAAUGAUGUUUGAAGAAGAGGAAGAUUAAUUUAUUAUGUUGAGUGCAGGUCGAUAUGUAUGUGGUACGAGAUUAAAUAGAGGAAUCGUGACUGCUGUGAUUAUAACAAAAUAUGUUGAAAAUUAGUCGGGAGUUCCAGUUGUUUAAUUUCGUAAGACUUCCGGCUGUUCUGAAGUCCUUGACCACCCCUGUUAGGACUCAAAAUGUUUCUUUUGUAGAAGCAGAGCAUUUGUUAGCUCCUAAUGUUAUGUCAGUCAGUACUCUUGAUUUGAAGUGUAGCGUUGCUUCCACGUUACUCCUUAGCUUAGCCAGUAUGUUAUCUGAAACCAAAUGGUUUCAGAGAAAAUACAGCUUAAAACAAUUUUGUGGCAUAUCUUAUAUUUUAUUACCUACCUGUGUUGCGACUAGCAAGAAUUUCACAUAAAAUUUUACAAAAAAUUAUAAUUUAUGAAAUUGUAUUUUGUACUUAUAUUAAUGAAAUUGUAUAUAUAUGCCUUUCCGUUCAGUACCAAAAGGUAAUUAAAUGUGGUCAUUUUGUUAAGCUCACAUUCAUUGAAAUAUUAAUUAUGAAAUAAUAAAUGUUAAUUUACAUUUUUACAAUUGCUCUUCUUGUAAAAUAUCUGUAACACGUUGUAACGAUCCUUGCAUGUAAAUGUAUAACAUGUGUAUUGUAUAUAUGAAGACUUAAUCAUAAGAAUUUGUUAUCUUGAAUUGUAUCGAAAGCAUUUACACAAUUUUUAAUCAAUAAAAAUGUCAUAUAUCAGUAA